AUGUGCGCGUACGCCAACCCUGAGUCGAAGGGUACCUCGCCCACGCAAGACCGUUUCGGACAUCAUGGUGAGAGCCUGGCUGACACAGCAGCCGACGACUCGGCCAUUUAUCCCAAGGGCACCUUAGAUCCAGUAUACGAAGCCAAGGCGCGCGUUCUCAACCGAGCUGUAUGUUACCCCACGCCAUUUGCCCGUGCUUUGAUUCACGAAAAUAGUGACUGA